CGGGAUUCACAGAGAUUCUGUUGACGUCAUUUUCAUGCGCCAUAAAAGUUUCAGCUCGUCCAGUAAGCUAACUCGAGUAGCCGUGCUGUUAUUGUUUUUUUCUCUCGCCAGAAUGGCCACGGCGAAGAAGGGGAAGAAAGUUGUGAAUCAAGAGGAACUCAGGCGCUUGAUGAGAGAGAAGCAAAGGCAAACGUCUGAGAAAAAGCGCGUGGAGUCCCCGUUUGCUAAAUAUAACAGCUUGGGCCUCUUGAGCUGUGUGCUGUGCAAUACGCAGGUGAAGUCGGAGCUUCUGUGGCCCGCUCACGUACUCGGGAAACUACACAAGGAGAAAGCAAGCGAGCACAAAGAGGGGAAACAAACACCACAAAGUCAACCAGUGAAAAGAAAAGCGACGGACGACGACAAGGACGUCAACGGGAAAAAAGCGAAACCAACGCCGGAUGCAGGUCAGUCCGCCUCGGCGGUACCUGAAGAUUUGUUUGCAAAACCGAACUCUGUCAAAAAGUCUGAAGGCGUUAGUUUGCUCGCGGGAGUCUGUGAUGAUGAUGGUGACGAGGUGGAGGCGACUGUGGUAGCAGGGACGACCGCCGCCGCUCCUCAAGCUGCCGGACUACCAGCGGACUUCUUUGACAGCUCCAUCCCGUCCGCCCCAGCCGUCUCCCACUCGGGCUCCAUCGCCAAGGCGGAGGCGCCACCGCCGCUGGAGAAAAGCGCCGAGAAAAAGGACAACACGGCUGAGGCGCUACCCGAAGGCUUCUUCGACGAUCCGGUGCGGGACGCCAAGGUGCGCAACGUGGACGCGCCCAAGGACCACAUGGACAAGGAGUGGGAAGAGUUCCAGAAGGAGAUACGGCAGGUGAACACCAAGUCGGAGGCUAUCGUGGCUGAGGACGACGAGGAGGGCCGACUCGAGCGACAGAUCGACGAGAUCGACGAGCAGAUCGAGUGUUACAAGAGGGUGGAGAUGCUGAGGGACAAGAGGGACGUGGCGAAAAGAAGGUCUCAGCCGAGGAGGGAGGAACCCAUGGAGACUGAAGCCAAAAUGGAGGAGGAAGAAGAGGAGAAUGAAGAAGAACUACUUGGACUUUUGUCCCAGGACUGGAGGGCUAAAGGAGCACUGGCAUGAUUAAUGUACAAAAGUAAAACUCACCACCAAUGGAAAUGUUUGUAAUUGUCAACAUUAAAUAUCAGGAAACAGCA